AUAGCAAUAUGGUUAAACAGAGAAAGGAAAUAAGAUAAGGAAUAAACAAAGAGGAGUAGCGAUAAGGAGAGAGAAACUCAGCGAUAACAGAAGGGUGUUGAAGCGACUAAUAAAGUUAAUGAAACUGCGUUAGGUUGGCAUCACUGUUUAGGCGGGAAACUGGAACCCAGAAGCAGGCUUUCAACGUGACAAACUCAUUCCAAUCUGAGUCUCGUGUGUAUGAUGAUUAUCCAACGUGCAGCAUUUCUUGUCUCAAUGCUCAGCUGUGUUUCAGUGAUUUCUAUCGAGUUGAAAGAAAAUUCUACGGGAAAUCUUCGUGGAAAUUCAACGGGGAAUGUGGGUGAAAACUGGGAGAAUAAUGUGGGGGAAAGUGUGAGUGAUAGAGGUGGUAAAUCUGUGGGGAAUCAAAAUGAUAGAGGUGGAAGAUUUGUGGAGAAUCAAAAGUUUGAUCAUGUGGGUGAAAAUGAACAAAAUGUGAUUGAAAACAGUACAGUACGUGUGAUAGAAGAUUAUUUGAAUCAAUUGGGUGGUAAGGUAGGUAAUAGUGCUGUGAAGAAUGUGGCAGAAGAUCAAUUGGAACAUGUGGGGAAAAAUAUGGGUAACAAUAUAACUACAAAUCUAGUGGAGCAUGCGAAGCUAUAUUAUGUGAAACAGAAUGUGGGGAAUAAAGUAGAAAAUUAUACGAAACAUGUGGGGAAAAAUGUGGGUAACAAUAUAACUACAAAUCCAGUGGAGCAUGAGGAGCUAUAUAAUAUGGAACAAAAUGUAGGAAAUAAAGUGGAAAAUUAUAUGGAACAUGAAUUGGAACAUGUGGAGAAAAAUGUGGGUGAAAAUAUAACUACAAAUCCAGUUGAACAUGAGGAGCUAUAUAAUAUGGAACAAAAUGUGGGGAAUAAAGUAGAAAAUUAUAUGAAACAUGUGGGGAAAAAUGUGGGUAACAAUAUAACUACAAAUCUAGUGGAGCAUAUGGAGCUAUAUAAUGUGAAACUAAAUUUUGGGAAUAAAGUAGAAAAUUAUAUGGACCAAGUGGGGAGAAAUGUGGGUAACAAUAUAACUACAAAUCCAGUGAAACAUGUGGAGCUAGAUAAUGUGGAACAGAAUGUGGGGAAUAAAGACAAAAAUUCUAUGGAACAUGUGGGGUCAGGUUGGUUAGAUCAUGUAGGGAAUAAUAAGAAGAAUAUGGAACAUGUGGGGAAAGAUGAUAGAGAAAAUACAGAGAAUAAACCUACAUCCUCUACGAAACAAGUGAGGUUAAAACAGUUAGAUUCUGUGGAAGAAAAUUACACAAAUUCUGUAGAACUUGUGAGGGUCAAACGUGGGCCUGCUCAUCAUGUGGAAACAAAAGUUUCAAAUCCUGUAAAAGUGGAGAAGAUAUCUGAAGGGAAAAACGAGGGAAACUCUACUGAUCAAAAAAAUUGUUAAAUAAAGAUGGGAAAGUUAUUGAAAACCAUGGAAAUUCAAGUACAAAUCAAUUACAAAAUACAACUUCAAUCGAGAAAGAUUUGAGAGCCAACUCCACAGAUAAUGUGGUAGCAUGGAAUGUUUCAAACCUUGAGGACAUUUUCAAAGGUGGAUCGAUGAAAUCAGUUCCAACAGAUGAUAAAUAUAAUGAUAUCAGCUUCAUACCAUCUUAUCUCUCGUAUAACAGACGUGAAAUCGACUCACUUCUCUACAAAAAUUGUGGCAGAAGAAAUAAAAAUGGAGUUUUGUUUGGGUGCUUCACGAAAUGUUGUGAAGUGAAUCAAGUGUUGGCGCCAAAUAUUACUUGUAUCCGAGUGUCUCUAAACGAGAGUAAUGCUAAUAAUUAUUCUCAAUUCAACCCCUCUAUAGACUCGUUGUAUUCUGAAAACUUGGUUGAUAAAACUGUUGAGCUUGCCGAUAACCUCGUUGUACCCCAAGGCAUCCCUUGUCGUAAAGGAGAGAGGUUUACUGUCAAAUCGUUCGAAAACACCUUGGGUUUCUUCAUUGACAACUACAACGGCAGCCUAAAAGUUACAGAGAAAAAACGUGGAAAACAUGUUUUUCUCAACCACAAACCGAUUCUCGACUACUGUAUUGAUAAUGUUGUUGGAGACAACGACAAAUAUUAUCGUAUGGCUGUAGUUUGUUGGAAAACGACAAAAAUGUACCGCAAAGAAAAUAAUCUGACAAAUUACGGGUUCGUAUCCUACUUGGAUCCGUCCGACCCAGAGGACUAUGUUUUGAAUAGGCUCUUCUUUAUUAUAAAUGGGAUUUUUUUCUCGGUAGUUUUAAUGGUGUACCUGCUGCUUCCUCAGCUGAGGACUCUGAAUGGAUGGUGUAUCAUAUGUUUUUCUCUGUGUUCUGCUGUGGCCAGUUUUGCACAUUCAGCAGUUUUACGUGGAGGAUGGGGUAAAACUGCUUGUC